UUCACUUCCUAGUUCAUAUAAGGUGCGGAACAACUAAACAACAUUCAGUUCAGUCCGUUUAACCUCGCCAAGUUUCUGUAGUUAGUCGCCUCUUUCAUUUUCCGUUUUCUUUUGAGUGAGGAGGUUGAGGUGGCUAAACUUUCUUUAAAUACAACAUAGCGUCAUUGCAAAACUCAUCUGUCUUCUUGAAUCUGAGAGGAUUUGUUUGACUCGUGCUGAUUUUGCUCAGAGACACCGAUCAUGGCGUGAUUUCUGCGGGAGCAGUCCGGUUACACCCUGUCCGCAUGUCUGAGAGGAGACUGCUUUAGAUUACUAUUAGGGUUGACUACAGUGUCCUAAUGUAAAAUGGGGUCUUUCAAGAAGGAGGGGUCUCACCUGAAGCUGCUCACUUCACACCGCGAGCUGCUGGUGGAGCAGGUGAAGAACACACAGUGUAUUCUGGACAAUCUCCAGAUGAAUGGCUUCAUCUGCACUGAAGACAUCGAGAUUAUACAGCGCAGCACCACCAAAACUGACCAGGUACGCAAAAUUUUGGAGCUGGUUCAGAGUAAAGGAGAGGAGUGCUCAGCAUAUUUCACACACAUUCUUCAUGAAGCAUACGACGCUUACAUUGAUCUGCGGCCUUGGUUUGAUGAUAUUCAGUACACACCAUUAGACACUAUUAGUGCCAUACCAGUGAUUAACACAGACCCAAUUAGCAAGUACUGUGAGAAGCUCAGAUGUGAGCUGGGAAGGGAUACUCAGUUCAUCACAUCCUACUCUAAAAGUGAGGACACUCCGCUGGAGGAUCUUUACAUGGACACACAGAUGGAGAUCCUGAAUGACAGAGGUGAGAGCUUGGGAUACUUACAGAGUUUGGAUGAGCUACUAGGAGACCAGGGAGUCUUCAACCAGCAGGCUGAGACGAUCUUCAUCACCGGUGACGCUGGUGUAGGCAAAUCAGUCGUCCUUCAGAAACUGCAGAACUUGUGGUCCCGAAGGGAGCUGAAGACUCGUGCGAAGUUCUUCUUCAAGUUCAGAUGCAGGAUGUUCAGUGCCUUCAAGGAGACGGACGAGAUCUCGCUGAAGGAUCUGAUCUUCAAACACAAUUGCUAUCCAGACGGAGACCUUGAUAAUGAGGUUUUCACCUACAUCUUGCGAUUCCCAGAGACGGUGCUUUUCACCUUUGAUGGAUAUGAUGAAAUCCAAAUGGAUUCUGACUUGGAUAAUGUGCCUGAAGUGGUUUCUCCAGAAGAAAAGACUCGGCCGCUUCUGCUUCUCAUGAAUUUGCUUUGCGGAAAAUUGCUCAAAGGUUCUCGGAAGAUUCUGUCUGCACGGAGUGGCACCGAGAUCCAAAGCAGAGUGAUCCGGAAGAAGGUGUGUUUGAAGGGAUUUUCACCUGAACACCUGAAGAGAUAUACAGCUCUCCAUUUCCCAGAGAAUGAACACAGGACAUUGGUGACGGAUCAGUUAGACGCCAACCCUCACCUCUGCGGUCUUUGCUCCAUCCCAUUGUUCAGCUGGAUCAUCCUCAAGAGCUUCAAGCAUCUUCAUUCGGUAUACGAUAACUUCGAAUUGCCAGACUCUUGCAUCACGCUCACAAAUGUCUUCUUGCUCCUUUCUGAGGUCUUUCUUGGCCACUCAACUGCACGGCCUGGUCUUUUAAAACGGAGCAUGAGAUGUCCCACAGAAACCUUUAAAGCUGGCGAGCAGAAGCUUUCGGCCUUUGCUCGACUAGCCUUACAGGGUAUAGAAAGGGGUGGACUUGUCUUCAGUAUGGAGGAAGUGAAAUCCUGUGAAUUGGAUGACGAAGAUCUUCAGUUUGGCUUUCUGAGGCCUGCUCCGCAUUACGAUGCAUGUGAAGGCUCUGCUACCUUUGAGUUCCUCCACGAGACCCUCCAAGCCUUCUUAGCAGCUUUUUCUCUGGUGCUGGACUCCAAAAUCUCUCCUGAAUCCAUUCUAAGGUUCUUCUCCAAAUGUGAAUACAAGAAGUCGUCUCAUCUCUCCUGCUUACCUUGUCUGGGAAAGUCAAGACCCAGAGAUAAAGACCCUUUCCAGACCAAUUUCCAAUUCACCAACUUAUUUUUAUGUGGUCUCUUGUCUAAAGCCAACGCGGCACUCCUAGAGCAUCUCGUUCCACCAGUAUCAUUGAAACAAAAGCGCAAGACGCUCAAGUCCUAUCUGUCCAACAGCGUGCGGACUCAUCUUAAGGGCCUCCCUCGUUAUCCAUCCACAGACAUUGACGGCGACAAGGUGCACGCGAUGCCAAAUUUCUUGUGGAUGUUGCGAUGCAUAUUUGAGACGAACAGCGAGGAUGUGGCCAAGAUGACAGCCAACAGCAUUUCGGCAGAUUACAUUAAGAUUGCCUUCUGUAACAUUUACUCGGCCGACUGCAGCGCGUUGAACUUUGUCCUCCACCACCGUAGGAAGCACCUGGGAGUCGACAUGGACAACAAUAACAUCAAUGAUUAUGGCGUGAAGCAGCUGAGACCCUCUUUCAGCAAAAUGACAGUUGUAAGAUUUUGUGUGAAUCAGCUCACAGACAGCAGUAUUGAGGUUCUGGCAGAGGAACUCACCAGACACAAAGUCGUUAAGGUCUUGGGCCUUUACAAAAACCACAUCACAGAUGUUGGAGCCAAACUAGUAGCAAAGAUCAUUGAAGAAUGUCCACACUUGACGACUGUCAAGCUCGGCUGCAACAACAUCACAAGUGUGGGUGGGAAAUACCUUGCCAGUGCAAUUCACAAGAGCAAAUCCAUCUUUGACAUAGGAAUGUGGGGUAACACCAUCGGUGACGAGGGGGCAGAUGCGUUUGCAGAGGCUCUGAAAAAUCAUCCCAGCCUGACCAACCUCAGUCUUUCCGCCAAUGGCAUUACUUCUCACGGUGGAAGAAGUUUGGCAAAAGCAUUGAAGCAAAACACAAGCCUUCACAUCUUCUGGCUGAUACAGAACAAAAUCUCUGACGAUGCAGCGUCAGACAUGGCCGAUGCCUUCAAGUCCAACUCUGCUCUGACGCAUCUGAUGCUAAUGGAAAACGAGUUUACCAUUCAUGGAGCCAAACAGCUGUCUGAAGGCUUGACAAACAACACUACACUGAAGGAAGUCAAUAUUAAAGGAAACCAUGUCACUGAAGAAGAAGAACAACUCUUUGAGGGCGACAAGAGGCUUCGCUUCCGCUAAGAAGGAAAAGUAAAACACGUGAUUUGAGAAAAGAAGGAAGUUGGCGUAAUGCCACAGACAUUGGUUUACUUCAAUAACAGAAGCACCAUCGGCCUGGAAGACACGCAGGUUCAUUACAGUUGCUCUGUCGUGAGUGUCAUACUAAAGCCACAACUAAAGAACUGUGAUAUAUAAAUGAAAAUAAUGUCAUUUUAUAUAUAUAUAUAUAUAUAUAUAUAUAUAUAUAUAUAUAUAUAUAUAUAUAUAUAUAUAAGUAUUUGCUCUGAAAUUAGUGACACUUGUACACUUAUAAUGCUGCUUUUUUUUCUGUUUGAGAAAUCUUUAGUCAUUGUAUGCAAUUAGAUGAUUAAAAACCUGAGAAAUAUGUAGAAAUAUCACUCAGCUCUAAUUCACACACGCACACAGAAAGACAUCCAGACAAAUAUUUAAAGAUCUGUGCUUCAAAGAGUUUGCUUUUUUUAUUUCAUUAUCUCUGUACAUAGUUUUUUACAUAUGGAAUGUUACAAUAUCUCUAAAUAAUUAAAAAAAAAAAAAAAAAAAAAAACCUUUAUGAUCAUUCAGAUGGCCACUGAUAACAUACACACACAAACUCAUGUUUGUUUCCUUUGCACCAGCUUCCUCUCAACUGCUGUAAGGAUGAAACUACAGUAGUCAACAUUUGAUGUGGAUCAAAAAAAGUUCAAAGUUGUCCUAAGAACUAAGUUGUUUUAAGAAGAAGGUUUUAGGACAACUUUGAUGAAAGGUUUUGAUCCACUUCAAAUGUUGACUACUAUAGAUCAGAUAGAUCAUUACCUGAUGGAGUUUAGUAGCACAUUAAACAAACAGACAGAAAAGACACUCCAUCUUCUAUAUCAAAAGCUUUUGACAGUCACUGAUCCAGUUGGAUGUAUUGGGGCUCAGAUCUGCUGGAAACAGACAUUUGCACAAAACAGCAAAAUAUGAAAGAACAUCAAAAAAUUAGAAAUGUGAAUUUAUUACUUAAUUAAAUGAUAUGUCAUAAAAGGUGUUUUGCAAGUUGUCUGGUAAGGCUUUUUU